UGUCAACCGCCGCCGUUAAUAUUUGUCGUCGCGGGGUUCUGGCUAGUGGAUGAAUUUUUAGUUUUAUAACAGAAAAAUUGGUAAAUUAAUUAAAAAUGCCUUCUUAUGAAUUAUCCUUGGUAUUAAGACAAAUGUCCAGACCGGAAUUGGUUUCGGCCUUAAAACGCACCGCUGAAUCAAUUUUGGAUAAAGGAGGCAUUAUAAGACAAUUACAAAAUUUAGGUUCCAGAGCCUUACCUUACAAAAUCAGUGAACAUGGUGCUGUGCAUCGUGAGGGUACCUAUUUUACCAUUAACUUUGAUGCUGCACCCGCCAAAAUUGCCGAUAUGAGAGAAGAAUUUGGCCGUGAUAUCGAUAUUGUACGCAGACACAUUUUCAAAGUGGAACAACCCGAGAAAUAUGAAUGUACUUUGCAUGAAGAAAUGUUACCACCCGCCUAUCGUAAGGAUGUACAGGAAAUGAUUGAAAUAGCUAAGCGUAAACAGAAACCAAAAUACAAUUAUAAUUCUGGUUUAGAUUACUAUCCCUUCCAAAAGUAGUUUGUUAAAAAUAAAUUAGAAAAAUUUAAAAGUAAAA